ACUCUUCACAUCAUUAUUGAAGUCUUCAACUGUUCAUUUAUUAAGCUCGAGCUCCUCCUCCUCCCCCCUCUUCUUCUUCUUCUUCUUCUUCUUCUUCGUCGUCCGCUGUUCUUUUUAUGGUUUGAUUUAUUAAUAUAUAUAUAUUUUUUAUAACCCUCGGAAACCAUUUGAAGCCCCCGAGAAAGAGACCCUUCCCUUGAUGAACUCAACUUUGAUUCUGCAAUCAAUCUGACCAAAUACACCAAUUUCUUUAUUCUUACCACACACUGUCGACACAAACCCCACUAAUCAUCUCUCUCUCUCUCUCUCUCUCUCUCUCUCUCUUUUAACUUUGCAGAGCAAGAGCAAUCACCAUAACCAGACCAUUUUCCUGCUAUAUUAUUGUCAAAGGGCCCUGCAAGAUUCAGUUUUUUCUUCUUGUUUUUUUUUUUUGGUUGGGUUUUGGGGUUUCCUUUUUUUGGGGUGUUUUGUUUCGAGAUGUGCCGCGUACUGCGCUGCCAUUUGAGCAGCAGCUGUAGUUGUCGUCUGAGGACUGCAAAGAUUCAAUCUCUGUGGGUUCGAAUAGUCAAAAUAUGAGCUUGGUUCCUUAUUUGGGCACUCUGUCAGCCUCCAAAAGAAAAGAACCCCCAAAUGGGGCCUUCUUCGUGUCCUUCGUUUGCUCCUGAUGUAUUCCAUUUCACUGUCCUCCUCUGCUCCUCCCCCUCCUCCUCCUCCUCCCCCCCUUUAGAUCUGUGUCCAGGCUUCCCCGAUUCGAUUCGCUGCUUUAUUCAUGCCUGAAAGCAACAGCUCCCUCAAGGUGUUAGCUGAGGUGAUUGGUGAAGGGGAGGGGCUUUGUUGUUUCAAUGAACAUGAGAAUUUGAUGAUGCAUAUUUACGAGAACAGCAAUCCUAGGGUGGUUCUGCUUGUUGGGUUGUCAGGGUUUUGCCUCAAGUUGAGCACUCUCCUCCUGUACCUGCUGAUGGUUCGGUGCCACAGAAGCUCCUUACAGAGGUCGUCUCCUUUCUAGAGUGCUAACAAUGGGAAACAGCACUUCGAGGGUCGUCGGGUGCUUCGUUCCGAACGGGAAGGCUGGGGUCGACUUGGAGUUCUCGCAGCCUCUCGAUGAGGGACUGGGCCAUUCCUUCUGCUAUGUUCGGCCCACUAUGUUUGAUUCCCCCGCCAUCACUCCCUCAAACUCCGAGAGGUUCACUGUUGAUUCCAGCACCCUCGAUUCCGAAACACUGAGCGGGUCGUUCAGAAAUGACAACAUAGAGGAUCCCUCGAAUUUUAUCAGACUACCUAAUAAUAAGAACUUGCCGGAGACCACAUUCAAAACUAUCUCAGGGGCCUCUGUUAGUGCCAAUGUUUCCACUGCCAGGACCGGCAAUGCAAAUGCAUGUUUCCUUACUGAUGUCCAAGAGCCUGCAGCCUCAUUUGAGAGCACGGCUUCCUUCGCCGCGAUUCCUUUACAGCCCAUACCCCGCGGCUCUGGCCCUCUAAAUGGCUUCAUGUCGGGGCCCCUUGAGAGAGGCUUUGCUUCUGGCCCCUUGGAUCGAGGAGGUGGAUUUAUGUCCGGACCGAUGGAGAGAGGGGUUAUGUCUGGUCCACUUGAUGCUACAGAUAAAUCAAACUUCUCGGCUCCACUAUCACGAGGUCGCAAAAAAGCAAGGCUACAGCGGCUUAUGAGGAGCGUGAGUGGCCCUAUGAGAAACACAAUAUCUCGGACAUUUUCGAGGCACUCUAUAGGGUCUCAUUGGAUGCAGAGAUUUUUCUGGCAGACUCAGAUUGCAUGGAACCCAAGAGAAUCCAGGCUUCGGCAAGAAGCCUCGCAGAAUUAUCUCGAAGGAGGACCUUCGGAAGGAGAGUAUGCAAGUGCCAGCAACCUGCAGUGGGCCCAUGGGAAGGCAGGCGAAGAUCGGGUGCACGUUGUUCUUUCUGAAGAACAAGGGUGGUUGUUUAUUGGCAUAUAUGAUGGUUUCAGCGGGCCUGAUGCACCUGACUUUUUGAUGGCUCAUCUUUAUAAAGCCAUAGACAAAGAACUGGAGGGAUUGCUCUGGGACUAUGAAUGUAAAUCAUCAAAUGAUCAUUCAAAAGGUGAUUCAAAUCGAGUAACAUCCUCAAGUUUAGGAGAAGCCUGUAAUUCAGAUACCAUUGAGUUCCAGUCGUCCAACUGUGAAAUAACUGAAGGAAAAAAUGGAAAUAUGGGGAAUGAUUAUGAUACAGUUUCAGCGGGAAAUACAAGUAGUCAAGGCAGGAAAAGUAUGCGCCUUUAUGAGCUACUGCAGCUAGAAUCAAAUGAUGGACAAGGAUCAGAUUUUCUGGCUGAAUUUGGGAGCCGGAGAAGAGGUGGUUCGUGGGAUUCCCAGCAAAACUCAAAUUCUAUAUUCUCAAGGGAAGGCUUUCAGAAUGAUAAAUUAAGGUCAAACUCAUUGAAUUCCAAAGCUGAUAGUUCCAUUCAUUGGGGAGAAGAUCCUCCCACUACCUCAGGAGGAGAAAAUGGUGAGGUCGAAGCUGAGUCGAGCAAAAAAACUUCACUCAGGGCAGUUCCCAUCUCUGCUCAGUGGCAAAAUACAAGGAAGUACCUUAUUGGUUCAAAGAUUAGAAGAAUGUACAAGAAACAAAAGUCACUCCGCAAGAAACUGUUUCCUUGGAGCUAUGACUGGCACAGGGAGGAGGAGAACUACAUGGAUGAGAGGCCAAUCGAGCGAUCGGGGCCCAUCAGGAGAUGUGUGUCCAGAGCCAUAGAUCAUGAUGCAAUCCUGAGAGCACUUGAGCGGGCUCUCCAGAGCACAGAAGAGGCGUACAUGGAAAUGGUGGAAAAGUCACUUGAUAAAGUCCCAGAACUUGCUCUGAUGGGCUCUUGCGUUCUAGUGAUGUUGAUGAAGGAUCAGGAUGUGUAUGUGAUGAACCUUGGUGAUAGUCGUGCAAUUUUGGCCCAAGAGAGGGUGAUACCCAAUUCAAGUUUUGGGAAGGAUGAUGUUAGGUAUCGGAACAGGUCAAGGGAGUCUCUGGUGCGAAUGGAGCUUGAUAGAAUAUCGGAAGAGUCGCCAAUGCAUAAUCACUGCAGUCAGAUUAACAAGAUAAACAAGAACAAGGAGAUCUCCCUCUGCAAGUUGAGGAUGAGGGCUGUUCAGCUUUCAGCUGAUCACUGCACGAGCAUUGAAGAGGAAGUUCUUAGGGUAAAGUCGGAACACCCUGAUGACAAUCAGGCAGUUAUGAAUGAUCGGGUGAAGGGGCAGCUCAAAGUUACCAGAGCGUUUGGUGCUGGGUUCCUGAAGAAGCCAACCUUUAAUGAAGCCUUGCUAGAGAUGUUUCGGAUCGACUAUGUGGGAUCUGCGCCAUACCUCAGCUGUACUCCCUCAGUGGUGCACCACCGACUCUGCUCAAGCGACCGUUUCUUGGUCCUGUCAUCUGAUGGACUUUACCAGUACUUCAGCAAUGAAGAGGUGGUGGCCCACGUCACAUGGUUCAUAGAAAAUGUCCCAGAGGGCGAUCCUGCACAGUACCUUGUGGCAGAGCUCCUCUUCCGUGCUGCUGAAAAGAAUGGAAUGGACUUUCAUGAGUUGCUCGAUAUUCCUCACGGGGACAGACGUAAAUAUCACGACGAUGUCUCAGUCAUGGUGGUUUCGUUGGAGGGAAGGAUUUGGAGAUCUUCUGGAUGAUUUGUUUUUCGCAAUUCUCAUCCUGUCCCUAUGAUGCUGUAACAAUUUUCUUGUAAGGGGGUUGUGAAGAAUUGUUCUUUCUCAUUCAGAGGCCGAAACGACAUCCUGUAGAUUCUCGGAAUAGGAAAAAACUUCGCCGUUCUCCUCGAUCCUUGAAUUCUUCUUGUUCUUGGUCGAGCAUUCAUUUAUAUUUCUUGGAAGUUCGAGGCACAUAUUUCCACUGCAAAAGGAGGAGCUUCUGUGCUCAAAUUUUAUACA